CGUAACAAUGUGGGACAAAAGAGUUAUGUAAGAAGUGCUGCUAUAUCUUCUGAUUCUUUUUUUUCAAAUUACUACAAAAAUUUGUUGUUUUCGCACAUAGAUUGAGCAAUGUAGGUAAAAACAAAACUACUGGAUUCCCAUGAGAAAUCAAAGAGGGAGGUUUUACAUUGCGGCUACAAACCUCCAGUCAGACUCGGCUCUGCCUGCAGUGCAGAGUCAACUCAGCGAGAGUGCAGAGUCAACUCAGCGAGAGGACUCUUAACAAAUACACAGGACAACAGGAGCUAGAACUGUAUGCAUUCAUAUCUGCUGAAGAGGACGUCAGUACAUGUGAGGAGGUGAAAGCAGUUUGAAGUUCCCUGAUGGCUCCUUCCAACUGGUUGGUCCUGCUGCUACAGCUGCUCAGCUGGAUAUCAGCUGGCCAGGCCUGUUUCUGUGACCGCUACCCCUGGGGAUCCUGGUCCGCCUGCUCCCAGACCUGCAACCACGGGACACAGCACAGGCACAGGGCUUUUAAUUAUCAUGAUGAAUACUUCUGGAAGGGCAGCUGCCUUCAGCUGUGUGAGGAACAUGACAGAAGAACUUGUAACGAGCAGACCUGUCCCAUCAACUGCCUGCUGACAGAGUUUGGGUCUUGGUCCGACUGCUCGCCCUGCGCCAAGAAACAGUUACGGACGCGGUCUGUCCAGCGUCCGUCCCAGUUUGGUGGAUCGGCCUGCAGCCCGGAGCUGACAGAGGAGAGGCCCUGUUACCCCGCCACAGAGUGCAAGUUAGCACCCAUCGACUGCAAAGACGACUUCAAGUGUGAAAAUGGACGCUGCAUCAACUCGACGCUGACAUGCAACAGGCAGAACGACUGCGGAGAUAACUCUGACGAAAAAGACUGUGGCGACUUUAAAAUUGUGUGUCCAGGGGAAAAGAGAGUGGCCCCCGGGGCUGACCUGGUGGGAAAUGGGUUUGAUGCUCUAGCAGAGGAGCCAAGGGGAGCAGUAUUGGACAACAUGUUUAUGGGAGGAAGUUGCAACAUCAAGAGGCCUCGAAGCACGACGCUCUACCACCGAAUCCCUCACAACUUUGAGAGCUUUGAAAUUAAGGUUGGAGAGCUGGAGGACUUCAGCAACGAGCCCCACUCGCUGCACACCGAGCCUAUCGAUUUCAAGACGUCCAGCUCAUCUGGAAUGAGCCAACAAGGUCGAGAUGCCUUUUUCAUCCCCAUUAUUUUUCUCCCCAUGUUUUUCUUCACUGGGAGUUCAAUGUCGAGUACCAGCACUAGCAAGGAAGCUUUUGAAGCUUCAAAGAAAACGGACUCCAAGUUUUUCCGGGUGCACCAGGUUCUGCCCAUAUCCACGUUCAAGGUGAGGGACCCCAGGGACCUUGUCCUGGCACAGCCUUUCCUCCAGUUCCUUCAUGCUCUUCCUCUGGAAUACAACUACCCCCUCUACAGGGACAUCUUCCAGCGCUUUGGGACGCACUACUACAGCUCAGGGAAACUAGGGGGCCACUAUGACCUGUUGUAUCAGUACAGCCGAGAAGAGCUCACCACUUCAGGUCAAACAGAAGAGCACACCAUGGGCUGCCUGGGCAGAGAGACCACCUGGACCAUCAUCCUCUACACAGAACACAGCAGUGUAACCCGAUGCCACGACAACAGGAUGACUCAGAAAUAUGAAGGCUCGUACAUUCAGUCAGCAGAAAAAUCUUUCUCCAUGGUGAAAGGAGGUCGAGUCCGAGAGGCAGCAGCUCUGGCCUGGGAGAGGCAGGGCCCCGCUCCGGACCGAACAUCUUACAAGAACUGGGCCAAGUCUGUUCUCGAGAACCCUGCUGUGGUCGAAUCCCAGGUAGUCUCGAUCAUAGAUCUGGUUCAGGGAAUCCCAUGUGCUGUCACAAAGAGGAGACACCUGAGGAAGGCCCUGCUGCAGUACCUGGACGAGUUUGAUAGCUGCAAGUGCGCUCCCUGCCCCAACAACGCCAGGCCCGUUCUCUCUAGCACAGAGUGCAAGUGUGUUUGCCAAACUGGCACAUUUGGCACUAACUGUGAGAGACGAGCUCCCGACUACACUUCAGAGGCGGUAGAUGGUUACUGGAGCUGCUGGGGGCCAUGGAGUGGCUGUGGAGCCUCAAUGAAGAGACAUCGGACGAGGCGAUGCAAUAACCCUGCCCCCCUCAGAGGAGGCCAACCCUGCAAGGGUCCUGAGAGACAUGAGAAUCCAUGUCACAUCUCCAUCUUUGAAAAACAGGAGACUUGCGACAAUGACGACGACUUCACUAUAGGCUGGAAGGACGAGCUGCCUCCUGGUGUGCAGGGCUGCCUGAGGCCACAGAGGCCUGCCAACAGCUUCCUCAGGAAAGCAAAGCAGUAUUAUGACUUUGGUGAGGACGAGGAGUUCCAGUGCUACACUGGAUUUGACCUGGAGGGUUUUCAGUUCAUCAACUGUCUUCCUGAUGGGACGUGGAGUCAACCAAAAGGAAGAUGCACCAGGAAUGUGUGCCUUCCUCCUGAGAUCCCUGAUGGCAUGAUGCUGUUUCCCAACAAAGUCGAGUACAGGGUGGGGGAAUCCGUGCGUUUGAACUGUAACGAGCCGGGCCUGCGGCCGCUGCCGGGAGCCUUCUACAAAUGCAGCGGCAGUUCCACCUGGCAGCCUCCAUUACCGGCUGACCUACGCUGCACUGAUGAGGUACCGUUUGUUCCUGAGAGUCAGUGCGGUCCAGGACAGACACGACAGGGCUCUAAAUGUGUCUGUAUUCAACGGGAGAGCUGCCUUUCACAGGCAGAGAGUCUCUGCAUCCUGAACUUGGACAUCGGUGUCAUCGUGCCAAUGUCCCUGUGCUCCUUCCAUGCUGGUCGUUGCCACGGUGAUCCACUCUUCUUUGUUAACGAAGGCGCGUGUGACACGGCUGAUUUGGCCAAACUGGAGUGGGCCAUGUUCAGAGCCAACAUGUCCUCUAAGAGCUCUGUUCAGGAGCGCUGUGAUCUCAACACGUGUUAUGAAUGGGAGACCUGCUCAGCGUCUAAGAAGUGUGAGUGCAUAGCUGCUCGGAACUGCCCCAGAGUUGAAGCGCAUACGUUCUGUGUGAAGCUGACCCGGACCCAGAGGACUCGCAGCAUGGACCUUUGUUCUAUGGCCGCCCUCAAAUGUGCCAGCUACCAGUUUGAGAUUCUCAAUGAAGGUGUCUGUGAGUCCACAUGAUCCUUCAAAAGCUUUUUCUGUGCCGUUGCACUCAACCUCUGAAUUCAUCUAACAUCUCACAUUAUAGCCAUUAGCACAUAUUUUUACCUGUUUUUCUUUAAAAACAUUGCAUUUAUAAAAGAAAACUAGACUGGCAGGCAGGUAUACUUGGAUUCAAGAACCCGGGGCAACUCAUCUCUAAGUCUAAAUUGGACUCAAACAGGUGUAUUUUAGGAUGCACUCGUUUUGCUUGGGUGGGCCGCACUUCAUCUAGUGAACUUUCAGAUGCUAUUUUCUGAAAAUACCUGGUAUGUUAUAUACAAUUUUCUUUUAAAGGGCAUCAUCGGAUUUUUUAGCAAAUUUGGUAUGACAAUACUGUAUCUGACAACCAAAUGUAUCAUAUUGCCACCCAAUGUCAGAUUUGCACCAUAUUUGGUACGGGAAAUGUGGGGUAGAUACCACAUUUGUGUAAUUUGGAUAAUAUAUUGGUGAUCUGAAGCAAAAAUAUCAUUAAAUAUUGACAUAUGUGUGAAAGCA